AUGGCACCCUCAUCUUCAAGCUCCAAUGGACCAGUACUUAAUAUUUCCAGUACCAUCGAUUUCGAUGCAGAUGUAGAUUAUGAAGCACUACCAGCGCAUGCUCCUCUAUCUCACCAAUUAUUAGCUGGUGCAUUUGCAGGAAUAAUGGAACAUUCCACAAUGUUUCCUAUAGAUGCAUUAAAAACAAGAAUACAAUCAACGACAACUAAAGGAACUGAACAAACUUCCACUUCAAUAAUAAAACAAAUAUCUAAAAUAUCGACCAUGGAGGGUUCUCUUGCAUUAUGGAAAGGUGUUCAAUCUGUCAUUCUUGGUGCGGGUCCUGCUCAUGCAGUGUACUUCGCCACAUAUGAAUUUACUAAAGCUCAUUUGAUACCUGAUUCACAAAGGGAAACUCAUCAACCAAUAAAGGUAGCUGUGAGUGGUGCUACUGCCACAGUAGCAUCCGACUUCUUUAUGAACCCAUUCGAUACAAUUAAACAAAGGAUGCAGAUAUCAGAUUUAAAGAAGGAGAAAGUCUAUAAUGUUGCGAAGAAGAUAUAUAAUUUGGAAGGUUUAUCUGCAUUUUAUUAUUCUUAUCCAACUACCAUUGCCAUGAAUAUUCCUUUUGCAGCAUUUAAUUUUAUGAUCUAUGAAUCCGCAAGUAAAUUCUUCAAUCCAUUGCAUCAUUAUAAUCCCUUGAUUCAUUGUCUUUGUGGGGGUAUAAGUGGAGCCAUAGCCGCUGCUGUUACUACUCCGUUAGAUUGUAUAAAGACUGUCAUCCAAAUUCGUGGUAGUAGCGUGGUAUCGCUAGAAGUAAUGAAGAAAGCAAACACAUUUAAAAAGGCAACAAGCGCCAUCUUAAUGGUAUAUGGUUGGAAAGGGUUUUGGAGAGGUUUACAACCGAGAAUACUGGCAAAUAUGCCUGCUACCGCAAUAUCAUGGACUGCAUAUGAAUGUGCCAAACAUUUUUUAUUCUCAACAAGACUUUUAAAGAAUGACGAACAUUGA